GAAUGCCAGAACGCUGUGUGAACGCAGGCAACUGUAACACAGAUUACAGUCUGUGGCUCAAUGGUUCUCACCCUCAGAUAGAGGAUGGAGAGGUGAUCAUGGAGGUCUGUGCUAGCACAUUGUAUGACUGCUGCUAUUUCGAAUCAAUACCCAUCAGAGUCAAAGCUUGCCCAGGCGAUUACUAUGUCUAUGAACUUGUGAAUCCACAGUAUGGGUGUUCAGGAUACUGCACAGAUAUCAGCACAAUAUCCCUGACAACUUCCACUUCAGCUCCAUCUACGUUUAGUGGAUCCAGCCUUUCCAUGU